GUGAAAACACACACACACACACACACACACACACUACAGGGGGAUAGGGAAAUGUUUCGGUUGUGGCACAGCUCUCAAACUCAGGUGAGGCUGUUGGUUUCAUCCGGUCGGAACAUGUCGACUCGGUCCGAGGUUGAAAACAGCGACAACAGGUCGAUUCACUCGGGCAGCGUCGGGGAGGUACACCACGUACCGAUGGACGUCAUCAUCAGACCGAUUCCUCCGGUACUGGAUGAGCUGAAAGUUCAGAGUCUGAUGGAGACGAUAGUGAAGGAGACAGCCGACGUGAGUGUUGUUCCUCCCAUUGAUGUGCUCUGGAUCAAAGGCAGAGAGGGGGGUGAUUACUACUACUCUUUUGGAGGCUGUCACAGGUUUGCGGCGUACCAGAGGUUGAACAUGCCGACCAUCCCAGCCAAGCUCAUCAAGUCGAACACAUCACACCUGAGCACUUACUUGGGGGCUUCGACGCCGGAUCUGCUGUGACACUGGAGCAGCUUGGAGUGGGUUAUUUUAGAGACUUGGAUCAGGUGACUUACGCACAAAGAGUUUCGACUCUUCUGUUGCAGCUUGAAACUGCAGAGCAAAGGAUUUACCAGCAGGGGGAAAUGUAACUCUUCAGUUAAAUACAUGAUAUUUUCCAUUUAAAAACACUUAAAUAUCAUUUAAAGUGUGUUUUUGUAAGUUAUACAUUUUUACCAGAUCAUUUAAUAGCUUUUACAUUCAAACAACAGUUGUAGUUGCACAUUAAAAGUAUUUUAAAUUAUCCUUUCCUGCAGUUAUUUUCUUGGAUGUUCCUGUUACCCUUUUGGCUUGUUGUAGCAGGAAAAUCACAGGAGUCACCAAUAAUGUCAACGAUAUCUCAGUUUUAAGUGUCCCAGUAACACAAUAUGUUGUUGUAUUCACGCCAUGUCGGCAGAACGGGAAGAACAGGAAAAACCUGUGUUCUGUGAAGUUGCACUAUAAAGUAUAAAUAAUAUGUAUAUAUUUAUUUGGAGCAUUUUAUAUAUAUAUUGGUGGGUUGCCUUUAUUGGACAGGAUGGCUCAAAAGGACAGGAAAGGGGGGAGAGAGAGGGAUGACAGCAAAAAGGCCACAGGUAAGAGUCAACCCAAGACCGCUACAGCAAGGACUCAGCCUUGGUACAUUGGUACUGGAGCGGUUUGUUAACAAGCGAUAUCAGAUACUAACAAAGAAAAUAUAGGCCCCUUUUUAAAUGAAUACUAAUUUUUAAAUACACAUUCAAUAUUGAGUGUCAAUAUUAGAUUUUAUUUGGAUGUAACUGUGGUUUUUGUAGCUGCUGGUUUGUUCAAACUUUGUGCUUUUUAACUAAGUGUGAGAUUUUGCUGCUGUUAGAAUUUCCCAGUGAUUAAAUAUAAACAGUGCUGAGUCUUGAGACUUGAGGUGUUUUCCAACUUGGCUGUUCACAUGACACUGAAAUCAGUCUCUACUUACUCUAUAGUGCGCUAUACUUAAGUGUCUGAGUGUGUACAUCAUGUAGUGCCCUCAAAAAGUCCACAAUGGAACGAAAAGGGAGCAUCCGUGGUCCUUUCUGCUACCAAUCCCACAGUGUAAGGCAUAGCACUGGGAGUAAAUGAGUAAACGAGGGAUUGACUUCAGACACAUCAGUUAUUUUAUUAAUUACACCCCUGCGUGAGAUGUCAAAAUGUCUUCAAUAAAAUAAAAGCUUUUUCCUUUUCUAUUUUCAUGGCACGGAUAUAAUAGGCUGUCCUUGUACUGCACCUUUUGAGCUUUCUUCCUGCUGAGCACUAAGGAAGAUUUAAAUACAAGUUGUCUCACAUUCAAGUUAUUUUAAGUCUGAAAUUAUAUCAAAAGGUCCCUGCAGGCAGGUUUUUUGGCACUAGUGUUAAUUUUAGAAAUCAAAUGGCGUGGAGCUGCUUUGUGUGCAGUGACAGAAUACGAGAAGAAAAUGUGCAUUAUUUCAACAAGUAGGACUGUGCCAACAAAGUACAGUUUGUUAUUUAUUUUUUUUAAAACUUUAUGAAAUCUCAUGCACACUCAGCUAUGAUUGUGAAGAAGAAGACGAGGUAACAGGAAGGAGCCUAUACACCAGAUGGUUUGUAGGAGUCAGGUGUUAUGAGAACAUCAAGCUGACAACGUCUUGCGUCAAAAUGCAAGAUGCUGCUGAGUCUGCCGGUUCUCCCCAUCAUCAGUCUCUCUGACUCUCUGAAAAGGAUCCCUCCUGUAACCUUCCAGAUUGCGUUUCGCCAGAGAAAGAGUAGGAAUGAGAAGCACAGUGCGGGUCAGUUCAGAUUAAAAACCCUACUAUACCAAAGCCUUUUCUCUCUCCCUUGAAGUGCCAUCAGAUAAAAUAGAUUGAUGGCUUUCUUUUCAUGCUAUGGUCCGUAAUGCCAUUUAAGAGCGCUCCACUUACAGUAAAUAACACAGACAGCAGCCUUUUCCCCUUCCUUUAACAUGCAAAACAAUGAUGAUAAUGGUUUGUUCUGCAGUGGUGAAUAAUCUUAAGUAAAUGCGUAAGUGUAUUACACAACACACUGUUUGUUGUUGGUGCUGACCUUGAGACUGGCCCUGCUUGUUAAAUCAAGUCAGUUCCCUUCCCCCUCUGUCUUGGAGGAAGGAACUGUAGGUUUGCAGAAUAAUAUAGGUAAACUAUACAUCGCAGAUCACCGCACAGAGACAAGGCUUUUCCGACAUCAACGCCUUCACAAUGCAAGCUCAGAGCUGCUUGAUGGUCUCCCUCUGUGGCCAUCGAGGAAAUGAAGGGAGACCUGGGGCAGCUUUUACCGACCGGCCCUAAAGGACUCUAAAUUUCUCCCCUGAAUCGUCGCGUGUGAGAAGACUUCCUGUGGCUCGCUCACUGUCUGGAAGUAACCGUAUCCUCAAAGGGUUUUUGACACGCAACACCGGUAUGAAAAAAUAUAUUGCACCUGUUGCUUCGGGGAGCGGUUUCCAUGGGUGGUUCUGUACGCUUUAUCUUUGAGGAUUUAAACAGAUCAAGGGGAUUUAGGGGGCCAAGAAGAGGAAGUGUUUUGGGCCAUUUUCACAAAUGGAUUGGGGCCACGCUAGUUCUCAUGUACUUUUUUUGCUGUAUGCUGUUGUUUUGCUCACUUAUGACUUAACAAACUAAC